AUGGAAGGCAAGGAAGUGGCUUUGACAUCUCCUCUAUAUUCUCCGCAUCCACAAACCGUAGAUCCUGAACUCAUGAACUUCAAAGUCAUUGAUGACCUUGAUGAGGCAGCUUGCAGGCAGGCUCUGCUAGAACAUGCUGCUGAAAGCUGUUGCUAUAACCCAAAUGCAGCCAAAGAAAUGGACAUCAUCCACCAAAAUAAAACUUUUACUGAAACACGAAAAACAGAAUGUAAGAGUAAACCGUAUCCUGGAGGUCGCGUUGAUGGACCGGAGAACAGCUCUUUGCCCUCGCCGUGGGAUGUAUUUUGUGAUGCAGAUAAAAUGUUCCAUAAUCACAUCAAGAAAAUAAAAGUUCCACACACAGAAUCUGUUCAGCCAUGUAAUGGUUGUAUGGCUUUUGGUGAUAUCCCGUGUUCGGAGUGUCAUGGUUCCGGACAGAAGAACUGUACCUGUAGUAUGUGGCGACAUAAUCGGGAAUCCGACAGGCUGUUGGGAACCAAUAUCAAUCAUACCUGUCCAUGGUGUGAAGAUGGGUUCUUAAAAUGCGAUAAAUGUUCCGGUCAUGGUAGAGAAUCGUGUACAGAAUGCAAAGGAUGCAGAAAAGUGAAGACAUACAUCGAGCUAACGGUCAAAUUCACAAAUCACUUGAGUGAUUACGUUUUCCAACAGUCUGCCCUGCCAGAUGACUUGGUGAAAAAUGUAAGCGGCAUGUUGAUGUUUGAGGAAGACUUAGACCAGGUAUACCCAUUAACGGCAUACCCGAUACCCGAGAUUAACAAUAAUUCAAUCAGAAUCGUCAACGAGCAUAAAAAUGCUUUCCCAACUGAAAGAAUAUUUAGACAGAGACAACGUUUGCUCGCGAUUCCUGUCACUGAGGUCCACUUUACUUGGAAAGAUACGCGUUCUUGUUACUGGAUCUAUGGGAUGGAACAAAAAGUGUACGCUCCCGAUUUCCCCAAACAAUGCUAUUGUGGUUGUGUUAUUUUAUGAAAGCACGGAAAAUUU